CCUAGUGCAUUCUGUAUUCCUGCCUGAUCCACACAAACUCAUACAUUAUCAUCAAACCUUUUUUUAGCCUCUCUUUCUCAUUUCUCUCCAAUACCAGCCAAUCUUGACUAAGGACAGAUAUUAACAAUGGUAUCUUCCUCCCUUGUUCAUGUCCUUCUUCUUUCUUUCCCUGGUCAAGGCCAUGUAAACCCUUUACUUCGACUUGGCAAGCGGCUUGCCUCCAAAGGCAUGCUUGUCACCUUCUCUGCACCUGAAAUAAUUGGAAAACAAAUGAGAAAAGCUAACAACAUCGUCGAUUACGAGCGAGUACCCAUUGGUGAAGGCUUUAUUCGUUUUGAGUUUUUUGAAGAUGGUUUGGCUGAAGAUGACCCUAAACGCAAAGAUCUUGACCAAUACCUAUCUCAACUCGAAACUAUUGGAGUAAAAGUAAUUCCUGAAAUUAUUACUAAAAACGCAGAGCAAGGCCAAUCAAUCUCUUGUCUAAUUAAUAAUCCUUUCAUUCCUUGGGUUUCUGAUGUAGCUGAAAGUCUUGGCCUUCCUUCUGCUAUGCUUUGGGUUCAAUCUUGCGCUUGUUUUUCUGCUUAUUACCAUUACCAUCAUAAUCUUGUUCCUUUCCCUGACAAACAAAACCCAGAAAUCGAUGUUCAGUUACCUUGUAUGCCUUUGUUAAAGUACGAUGAAAUUCCUAGCUUCUUGCAUCCAUCUUCUCCUUAUCCUUUCUUGGCAAGAGCUAUAUUAGGUCAGUUCAAGAAUCUUGAUAAACCAUUUUGCAUUUUAAUGGAGACAUUUCAAGAAUUAGAGGGCGAGCUAAUCCAAUACAUGUCAAAGCUUUGUCCUAUUAUUCCUGUUGGUCCUUUAUAUAAAGAUCCAAACUCCAAAACAACAAUCCAAGGUGAUUUCUGGAAGGCAGAAGAUUGUAUUGAAUGGCUUGAUAAAAAACAACAGUCAUCAGUAGUUUAUAUUUCUUUUGGUAGUGUUGUUUAUUUAAAGCAAGAUCAAUGGGAAGAAAUUGCUUAUGGUUUGUUAAAUUCUGGUGUUAAUUUCAUAUGGGUGAUAAGAGAGCCACCUAAAGAUCAUAAUAUGGACCCAAUUGUUAUUCCUGAUGGGUUUUUGGAAAAAGUAGGAAAUAAAGGGAAAUUAGUACAGUGGUGUCCACAAGAGAGAGUUCUAGUUCAUCCUUCCGUUGCUUGUUUUGUUACUCACUGUGGUUGGAAUUCUACAAUGGAGGCUCUUUCUUCUGGUACACCGCUGGUGGCUUUUCCUCAAUGGGGUGAUCAAGUGACUAAUGCUAAAUACUUAGUUGAUGUUUUUAAGGUUGGUGUUAGAAUGUCUCGUGGAGAUGCUGCAAACAAGUUUAUUACAAGGGAGGAAGUGGAAAAAUGCUUGCUCGAGGCUAUGCAAGGACCUAAGGCGGUAGAAAUAAAGCAGAAUGCGUUGAAAUGGAAGGAGGCGGCGGAGGCGGCAGUGGCUAACGGUGGUUCUUCUGAUAAGAAUAUUCAAGCUUUUGUGGAGGAAGUAAGGAGGGUAAGUGUUGCGGCCUCUAGCCAAUCUGAUAAUUCGAAUCCAAAAGAGUCUGUAGCAGCAGAAAAUCUAACAGUAGCAUAGUCAAGUAGGUACAGAACUGUAAUAGAAUACAGCGUAAUUAAAAGCUCAUUAAAUAAACUCUAAUAAUUGUAUAAUAUUAAAGAAAAAUAUUUAUUUUAUAUCUAAUAAUGAUAAUUAGCAUAAA